UGUAAACAGAAGCAUAAAAAUGCAGACUCCGAUAUACAAAUUCGACCCGGAAGAUUACGACAAUGUUUACGAACCGGCCGAGGACAGCUUCCUCCUGUUGGACGCACUGGAGGAUGAUCUGGAAGCGAUCAAGCUACGGCAGCCCUUGAUAUGCGUCGAAAUCGGACCGGGCAGCGGAAUCGUAGUUACUGCACUGGCGAGAGCCCUCGGAAUCGGUAACAGCCACUGUUUGGGGGUUGAUAUAAAUCCUCAUGCCUGUCGGAUGACCCAGCGGACCAGUCGGUUGAAUUGUUGUCCGGUUGAGGUACUAAAUAUGGAUCUACUGGCAGGAUUUAGGGACGGGAGCGUUGAUUUGCUGGUGUUUAAUCCGCCUUAUGUUCCGACAUCCGGUGAAGCCGGCCAAGAGCUGGAAGAACAGAUUGGGGAAUUUAGCGAAGAGAGACACAACUUGGUUAAAUCCUGGGCUGGUGGAUUGGACGGGAUGGUAGUAACUAAGAGGGUUUUGAGGGAUUUACAAAGAAUUAUAUCCAAGGAUGGCGUGUUUUACCUUCUGUUAGUGAAGGAAAAUAAACCGUUGGACGUCAUCAGAUUGCUGGAGAAGAAUGGUUUUACCGGGGAAAUUCUUAAAGAGAGGAAAAUCAGGGGUGAGCAUUUGUUUGUGAUAAAAAUAAGUAGAAAAUAAAAUUAUUGUUUUAUCGAUUUUAUUGUUUUCAUUUUCACUGUAAAGUAUUUAUUACAUUGUAGAAAGAUUUUUGUAACGUUGUAUAUACACUUAACAUACAGAAAAAUAAAAAAAGCUUUUACACAAGAAAAGAAAAUUACUUUUUACCUUUUGGAUUUAAUACCAUUUUCUAAGAUAAUGAUGUAGAUUAUUUUACAUGCUUUCGAAUCGUAUAGCUUUAUAUGCAGUUUAUGUGGUUUGUUAAUUAAUUAUUCCUUCGAAUGUACACAUACUUGAUUUACUUCCACAAAUAUACAAAUAUUAUUCGGUUUUGUAACAUUGAACAACAACUAAUAAAAACAUAAAUUAGGUAGCGUUAAAAUUUGAAAUCCGUUUAACUUAUUUCGUCAAAAUUAAGGUUCUUUAUGUUUUAAGACAGAAUAAAUUAAAUAUUCGCAUCUCCAUAGCAACCAGCUUUGAUUUGUCUUUUUCACAUUCCUAUGGAUGCUUGGACCUUGAGAGCAUGUGAUACUACAGUUGGAGCUCAUGGCACGUUGUGAUGGUUAGUUCACCUCUCGUGGAUUUGCUGGAGGAAUUUAGCUAAAUUGAACUCAAACCGAUACGCCAUCGUAAAUGUAUGUUUUUUUAUUUUUAUUUUUUAUAACAAAUGAUAAUAAUUUGUCCGUUACUUCGCAUGUAUCGAGAAGAAAUGUUUUGACUGUUUCGAAUGGCAUUUCCCUGCUACGAUAGAGAAGGUAUUACAUUUAUUUUACGGAGAUUGGUGUACUUUUUGUUUGUUUGCUGCUGAAUUUGGCAUAAGCUACUUCCUACUGUGUAUAAUAUUGGUGCGCAUGACAACAUCGAUACUCUAUAAUAUUCAAUAGGUUUCACAAACGGAAGGAGACAUACAAAGUUCUUUUUUUUUUUUAUCAAUCUAUAAAUUGUAAAAAUCGGUACUACUAGCUACAAUCUCACUUCUAAAAUUGUUCCAAAAACUUGCUCCGCGAGCUGCAUGUAUCUGUAUAAAGCAAAAAUCAAGUCUUAUUCGUGUAUCAAUCAAUCUUCUGGCUUUCGAAAGCUCAAUUUACAGUUUUCUUCAAUAUACUCAGUAAAAAAUGAAUUGUCCAAAACAAUAGUAAAAGGCACAAAAUUAGCCUUCACACUAUAAUAGUCUUAAUACGAGCAGCUUUAUUAUUUCUCAGUUGACUUACACAUGUAUUCAUUUUUCUUUUAAUUUUUUUUUUAAUGAAAGUUUCCUAGCCAAUAAGCAGAACGUCCAUAACGGUAGCCGAUCGUUGGUUAAUCAAUCAACUGUGAGUCCUCGAGUGGGAUAUGAAUGGAGGGGGGAAUGAUGAUGAGUAUACUGUAAUAUUUCCUGCGUUACUUCUUCUUUGUGCGUAAAUGCUGAUUUAUGUAUUUUUUUUAUUAUGUAUCCCGUCAGUGGUAAUACCAUUCGGUUAUUAUAAUUUCCUUCUCCAUUUGUUUAUCGGAUUUUCGUCUACUGCUAGUAGUUAGCAAUUUGGUGAUUAUUUACAAGUCACUACACGGUCUUAUACCGGAAAAAAAAGUUCGUUUUGUUGCAGAUUUUCAUUUCGAUUUCGUUAUACACUUAUGAUGAAAUAGAUUCUCAUGAUUUGUUGUUUGUUUCAUAUUUGUUCUCGUUUUCUGAUUAGUUAAAAUUAUUUUUUGGUUUCAUUAGAUUGUAGUUGUAUGUUGAUGUAUGCGUGGAUGUUUCUGCCUCAAUUCAAUACGGUGUAUCUAGAUCGGAGAAGGUCAUAUGCUGCGUUUAAUCAGGGUUUACUUUUUCCUGUUUGAAAAAAGUAAUGAAAUCGAGCCUGAACUGACACCGUGGAUUCCGUCAAUUUGACCGAUUCAUCUUGCAAAUUACCGGGGAUUAUUUUUAAUUUGGAUUACCGUAUAAAGAGAGAGAGAGAGAAGGAUUAGUAAUUUCCAUUUAAUUCAACUACCUUAUUUGCUUAUCCUUGACAGAUACGCGUAUUUCGUGUACAAUGUGCAGACUUCUUCAAUGUCUUGUCGCGUAUUAGUACAAGAUACUGAAGAAGUCUGCACAUUGUAGACGAAAUACGCGUAUUUGUCAAGGAUAAGCAAAUAAGGUAGCAUUAGCAUUAGCAUCGAACAAGUUGCACAAUAUCGUAGAUGGUACGAAUUCAAAACUAUUAAGAGCAAGACGGAUAUCUAUUACUGGACUGAUAGUAAGUAGGAAAUAAUUACUAUCUCCCAGAUAAAGACAUAUCGCGCUCCAACAGUUAAGGAUUGUCCUGGCCACGUCCUUACAACUGGUAGGGAUAGGAAAGGUAUGUUAGUCCAACAUUUACUUAAAUGGAAAUUACUAAUCCUUCACUCUCUCUCUUUAUACAGGUGUUCCACAAAGACACCCACAUUAAUCAGGAUUGAAUAACCGGUAAUCCUACAUAUGUGAGUAAAGAUUAAUCGUUCAAAUACGGUUCACGGUAUUGCCUAAAUAUUGGUUUCAAAAAGUAAAUGCUAUAUGUGGAUUGGAAAAGACAACCCUGGUUGUAAAGUUAAUCGGUUUGGAAAGAUACAUUUCAGGUAGGAGAUUUUAAGGUUAACUGUGUAUUUGAGAUUGAAAACUGAUUAUGUAUAAAAGGGAUCAUUCGAUACAGAUACGGCAGAGAAAUUGGUUGUAGAAAUAUAAAUGGUGUUGAGUACU